AUGAAUUAAACUAGCAAUUAAAUGAAAGCUAUAUCUAAAUAUGUCGACGAUACCGACUCUAUCAAAGAGGUGAAUGAUUAAAAUAAGGAUGAGUUUAAGGACUAUUCUUAUAGAUGGUGCAUAGUUAUUUUAUUUUGCUUUCCAAAUAUGAUGAAUGGUAUAGAAUGGAUUACUUUUAGUCCUAUCUCCUCUUAGGUUUAACAAGCAUAUGAUCAAUCUUAAUUUGUUGUUUCUUUAACUUCUCUUGCUUCAAUGUUUUGCUAUAUCGUUAUGAAUUUUCCAUCUAACUAUAUUCUUUCACAAAAAGGACUUAAAAUAGGAGUUUUUACAGGUAUUUUCUUUACUGUUAUUGGUGCAUGGAUAAGAUUAUUAAUAAAUGAAAAUUUUGGAUGGGCGAUAUUUGGAUAAGUAUUAGGUGGAAUAGCUUAACCUUUUAUUUUGAAUGCUCCUACUUAAAUUGCUGCUGUUUGGUUUAAGCCCUAAUAAAGGUAAAUGGCCACUGCAAUAUUAUCAUUAGUUAAUGUGAUAGGAGUUGGAAUAGGAUUUUUAUUUCCUAGCUUUAUCGUCAGUCCUACCUAUUCUGACAGUACCACUAAUGAAAUUUAUGAUUUGAUGCUUAUUUAAGCUAUUCUUAUUACAGCUUGUUGCAUACCUACUGUGAUAUUUUUCAGGGAAAAACCACCAACUCCUCCAAGUCAUUCAGCAAGUGUUGAGAAAUCUAAAUUUAGUGAGUCUAUGUCUAUUUUGAUUAGGGAUAAGAAUUUUAUAUUUCUCUAUAUUUAUUUUGGCUGCAUAUUAGGAAAUUUUAAUUCUAUUGCUACUUUGAUUAACUUCUUUCUUGAAUAAUUUAGUUAUUCUUCAGAUGAUACAAGUUAUUUUGGUGCAGUUUUUAUUAUUUCAGGAUUAAUUGGAUCAGCUAUAUUAUCUAUAGUAGUAGAAAAAUAUUAAAAAUAUAAGUUAGUGAUAAUAAUUAGUACAGUUACAUCUAUAUUAUCCUAUUCUUUAGCUAUGGGUGUUUUGUCUAUUGAAAAUUUUUCACUCUAAUUGGUUUCAUUUUUUUUGUAUGGGUUUUUUGCUACUCCUUUAAUUCCCCUAUCUCUUGAAUUUGCAUGUGAAAUAACCUAUCCUAUCUCUGAAACAAUAGGAUCAGGAUUAGUCUUUAAAUCUGGUUAAAUGUUUGGAGUUUUACAAAUUGUAAUCUCAACAGAAGUGAUAUAAAUUGAUAGCUAAAAUAAUGUAUAUAUUUGUAUGGCUUUAGGACUAUUUUUAUAAAUUUUAGGACUUGUAUUUAUGCUAUUUGUUAAAGAAGAUUUAAAAAGAAAAUAAGAAGAAAAGAAAUAAGAAAGUAUGAGACAAAAAGAUUUAUUAUCUCCUCCACAGAGUAUAGAACUGGUAUAUUAAAGCUCAAGUAAAUUAGGGCCAAUAAACAAUAUAAAAAUUUGA